CAGGCAUGCAGACAUGCUAGCAAAACCAGCUACCCGAGUCUUCUAUUCUUUCUCGGCCUCGGUAUUUCCAAAUUUUCUUUUUAGUCUACUGCGAUCACCGUCCCGUUAUUUCCACGCCUCCAGCACGAUGAAUGGCCACGGCGAUCUUAACAAUUCUUUUGCCUCACGACCACGUGUAGAUCUCUUACCGGAACCUGGAUAUACUUGCCAGUCAUUCGCUAUUUCCACAGAGAACGAUGAUCUAGACGUGCGUAAGCGCUACCGGCCGUUUCUGUUGGACGAGACACACGAAGCUGUCGACUGGGUCGCAGAGUUGGAAUUGAGUACAACGCUGAAACUGGUCGAGUCCAAUAUCAUCAAUCCAGGCCAAGAUAGAUUACGUAUUCUCGUCUUGUAUGGCAGUAUGAGGAGCCGAUCAUAUUCCCGCCUACUUGCCUAUGAGUGCUCUAGGAUCCUCUUCCGUCUCGGCUGCGAUGUUCGCGUCUAUGAUCCUACCGGCCUUCCGCAGAAAGAUGACGUACAACACACACACGACAAGGUACAGGAACUGAGGGAGCUUAGCAGAUGGAGUGACGGCCAUGUCUGGGUUAGCCCAGAGCAGCAUGGGAAUUUGACGGGCAUCUUCAAGCAGCAAAUUGACUGGAUACCGCUAUCGGCAGGCUCUGUUCGCCCAACACAAGGGCGAACCCUAGCAGUUGCCCAGGUAAGCGGCGGAUCGCAAUCCUUCAAUGCUGUCAACUCUCUACGGGUCUUAGGCCGAUGGAUGCGAAUGUUUACCAUUCCCAACCAAAGCUCCGUCCCGAAGGCCUUCACACAAUUCACCGCAGAAGGUGAAGGCAGUCGCAUGCUGCCCAGCUCCAAUCGUGACCGCGUUGUUGACUGCAUGGAGGAGCUUGUCAAGUACACUAUCAUCAUGCGGCCGCAUUUCGACCUAUUCGGUGAUCGCUUUAGUGAACGUGAGGAACGGAGAGCCAAGCUAGAGGCUAAGCGGGACCCUGAGAAGACGAACUGAAUAGUUACUAGCUCUCAACACAGGCUAUAUUAUGUAAAGACGCGAAUGGGCACGACGAAUGAGUGGCUUUGACAAGCGAAUAGAUCACCGAAUUGCACCUAGACGGACAAUCAUGCUUAUAGAGCCACCACAAUAUUAAAAGCCAU